AGACAUCGGCGAAUGCAGGCAUUCCAUAAAGAAUGUUGAACCUAACUUUUUUUUGUUCGGUGCGGCUUUUCAAUACUUUUUGAGUAUUUUUGUUUUUUUAGCCUAUGCAAACUGUCCUCUUGGAACCUUGGUACUUUGCGUGUAGUGCUGUUACUAUAGUUGAUGUGCUUUUUAAUAUAUUGUGUCCUCAAAGUCAGCAUUUUUAUGCGCGGAUUACCGAAACAUUCAAGGGUAAUCGAGUCAUUUGGGAAUUCCGAUUGGGUAUUGAAAACGCAAGAAAAUUUCUUCAGUUGACUUUGAAGACUCGCCUCUGUCACUUGUGCCGAAGUUCGAUAACGAGCGAGACGCGUGCUGGUGCGAUCUAGUGACUGACACUUGUGUGAUGUGCCGGCAACACCACAUGGAAGUGCAGUUGGAGGUCACUUGAUCAAAAAGUGCCUAGUCGUUUUUUUGGUGCAAGAAUGAAGUUCUCAACGGGCUCGAGUUCCAGCAGUCUCGCCAGCGACUCGCUGUCGAGAAAAUCAACUUUAUGCAUCUACACCGAAGUGGACUCACCGAUGCCACCGCCAUGUGAGAGAAUGGAUAGCAGCUCAGAAGCGAUGGAGCUGAGGCGGGAGCUGGACGCCGUCAGGAGUGCGCUACAACAACAGUCGGAGUCCGUUUUGAAACAAAGACAUCAGCUCGUAGAAGCUAGCCAAGCUCUCGCCGCCCGUGACAAGGAAGCUAUUCAGGAGAGACGUCUAAGACAGGAUCAGCUGGCAAUAGUUAUUCGUUCAUUAGUUUUACUAGAGUCUCGUCUGAGUAGGGAGCAGAAACAAAUUAAUGUUUCACUGUUGCAAAAAGAUAAAAUUAUAAAAGCCCAACAAGAAGAAAUCGUUAAACUAAAAGCUCGGAAGUCAUAUUGCAGCAAUUGUCAGCAACUUCUCGGAUUUACAAGUGAACAAACAAAUAUUGAGACUGACCCAGAAUUUCAAAGUUUAGAAAGCACAGAUUCUAGAUUUCAAAAUAGUUUUGUGCGGAGCUGCAGCUACCGUGAAAGGAAAUCACCGUCAGCGUUUCAAAAAAAUACAAGGUUAAGUAAAAGUUUUCAACUACCCAAGAAUGAUAUAGUUUAUGGAAACUCUAGUUCCAGUGAGGAGGGCAACACUACAAGUGUAUGUAGUAAAGGUACUUUCAUAAAAAAUAAACAAGCUUUCGUUCGAAGAGACGUUUUUAGAAGAUCUAGAAAAUAUUCUAGCAGAAAGAAUAACGGAAAGAACACCGAAACAGGACAGAAAAAAGUGUACAGCAAUCAAGUUAACAGCAGUAGUACCGAAGAAUGUAUCAGUAUGAACUAUCAAGUAAAUCACGAUGACACGGACCUCACAGCUAACCAAAUAGCAAAUGAUAUACGAAAGGCAUCUUUAAAAAUAGAUCAAUUAAUCGGUGAGGCAGCAAAAAAAGAAAAUGAAAAUACUCAAAGUGAUUCUGACAAAACGUAUUCAACUAAAAUGGAGAGAUUACAUGGUAUCAAAAGGCAGGCAUCUGAUGAAAUAAAGGCUAAUCGACAACUUUUCUUGAAUAAAGUAUUAAGCGAUGAAGGAGAUGAAAAACCUUGGUAUUGCAACGUUAGUGACCCUGAACAGGAAAUCGAUUGCCUAAACCAAAGAAUUCCAUUACAAAACGCCAAAUCGAAAUCCACCGAUAAUCUUAUAAUGGCCGGCUUAAAAAGUGGAAUUCUAAAUGCGGAGGUUGUGUCCGCUAAAAACGAAGUUCUUUGUAAUAAUUUAAUGAAAAAUAAUGAUAGCUUCAAUUCCAGUUUCGAUGAAAAGGAUCAAAAUACAAAUAAUAAUAAAGACAUUGUUAAUACAGACGUAAGCGAAAAUUGGUACGCUAGCACUAGUGAUGCAGAUGAUACUCCACCAAACGAAAUUUACAAAAACAAUCCAGUAUUGGAGUGCGUGAAUCAAAUUCUACUCCAAAACUCUUUAGAUGACAGUAGUAAUGAUAAUUCAAAAUCAAGUGAAACACCUAGCCCAAGUCCAAAAGCAGCUACAAAACGUGUUCAGUUCUCUACACUAAAUAGCAUUUCAUAUGACGACAAAAUAAGAGUUCCUCCGGGCGCUAAUCACACCUUACCAAGAUCAGAUAAGAGGGCCAACAAAAUAGUUAAGUUUAGUUUAGAAACAGCUUCUGAACACAGUUACGAAGUACCUAACACCGCUCAAGGUUUCCAAUACGAGAUACAGAGUAUUUAUAGUAACGAGUAUGAACCCAUAAUAACUAAAAAUGCUGAGCAAAAAUCUGUACCCCCGCCACGAGUAGCGAUAAGCUCUGAUAAAAUUACUAUUCCGAAAAUAAAGGGUUCUAUUGUAAAGAAUAUUGCUGCAAACAUUGAAAGUCGUAACUUAAUGAACACAAUGGAAAAUAAGAUGGAUAAUAAUUUAGGUUCUAUGAAAAUAUUCAAUAAAAGAAAAGUGCCACGAACUCCACCUGCACUGCCACCUAAGCCAAAGAACCUAUCAGCCAAAUGGAAAGCUGAAAACUCUGUUAGAUCAGCGAUGGAGCCUUUAGACUCUGAAGCCGUUGCGGCUAAUCAACGGGUUGCAGAUGUUAAGACGAGAAUCGUGGGGCAAGUGGCCACAUUAAAAAAUGUAGAACCGGACUACUGUUCCAUUUCAGAGAUAAAUGUUCCAGUAGUCAGUAAUGGUAAAAGGGAGUUGUUACUCACGCAGCCAACUGUAGAAAUUCAUAAUGAGCAGUACCCAAUUCAUACCACGGCUCAAAAAGAUAGUAUUGCUAAAGUGAUAUCUUUGCCUAGAAUUCAAAAUAAAAUAAGUGACAAAGAUAUACCAAAACUUCCACAUGUCACUGAAAUUAUUAUUCCAGAUGAAGACGAUAAGCCAAAUGAGGACCACCGAACUGUUAAUCAAACAACUAAAAAUUACUUGGCAAACUUUAACAUACACGCGAUGCAGGCAAAAUUAGACCCUCGUGGUUCAAUACAAAUGGGUAAUACAGUAUCGUCAAUUCUCUCAGAAAUUAAUAAAGGUGCUAAGACAAGUGGAAAACAGAUUAAUUUGACCGAGUUGGACAAUCAAUUUAAUCAAGUACCGGGGAAAAAUAGCACAGAUCCGCGUAAAAGUGAUUAUUUUGAUGAGAUAGACAAAUUUGAUCUGUCGCAAAACUUUGAAGAGUUUAAAAUAGAUGACGAACUCGGUAGUAUGAACGCAGAGGAAUACCGCAUUAGCUCUGGGAGCAGUGACGGUUCUGUGACUGACGUAGCAACUGAGCAUCAUACCACUGUACCUGAAACAAAUGACCAGCAUAAUACUGCCGACAAUGAAAAAAUUGAGCCAUUUCGUGACUGCAAUGAAAAUGUAAGCAAGGGGUUACCAAAAAAUGCUAAGCUAUCUAACAAACCUGAUCUCUUAUCUAAUAUAGAAAACGUUGAGACAGAAUCUGUAAGAAAUUCUGACAUUGAAUCCAGCAACUCGUCUGGAAGCAACAGUGGGUCAUACAACACAGUUAAAUGUGAACCAAGGUUGGUUAUAAAUAAUAAUGCUGAAGUUAAUUACAAUAAGAACAAAGGAUCAUUUGAUUUCUUCUUAGAGUCAUCUGGCCUUAGUUCUAAAUCUAUAUUUACUCCGAGUAAGAAUUAUCUAGGGUUAAGGCCUCCAAGUGCCAAUCACAAGAGCAUGUUGAAACCUAAAGAUAUAAAGAUGAGAGUCAAGAAUCCCAUCGCAACGAACAAAAUCAACGAAAAACCUAUGACGACUGCUAUUAAAUAUUUUGAACCUUAUGUGUAACAUAAUACUAUUUUAUACUUUAUGGUUAUAAUUUUAUUUUUUAUUUUAUUUAUUGUAAAAAUGAACUUGCCUGCAUAAUAUUACUUAAUUUAUGUUCAAAACUUGUGCUGUAAAUAUCAUAAUUGUACUUACUAUUAGUUAGAAAUAUAUAAUAUCAAUUAAAUA